AUGGCAUUGGUGCCCGUCAAGAAGGAAUUGGUGUCGAUCGAGCCGAAGAGCACGCCGCCGGCCGACAAGCAGCAGCAGCAGCAGCGGCAUGAGGCUGACAAGAAGGCCAAACCUCGCGCCAAAGCGUUCAAGGACCUGACGCUCGAGGAGAAGCUGCUCGAGAUUGUGCGCCACAGCGUGCGGCCCUUCUCGGAUCGACUGGAUCCUUUCGCUGCCCUGCCGGUCACGCUCGACCGCUUUCAGGAGCACCUCAUCAGCUUCUACUUGCUCUACUAUCCCAAGGCGACGUACGGGUUCAGCCCGCGCCUGCGCCCGCACCCGGUGGCCAGCAACUUCUCCAUCGCGUUGACCACGCCGGCAUGUUUCCAAGUCAUCAUGGCGCGCUCGGCGCUGUACCGCAUCUCGCUGAACAAGUACGCUACCGAGGCGGAGAAGUCAUCUCUGGAGCUCGCCGUGGUGCGGCACAAGGGCGAGGCGUUGAAGUUGGUGCGGCUGUUGAGCAGUAAACUGACCCCCAAACGCAAGGACGACCUGCUCGCCUCGAUCAUCAGCCUGGGCACCUUUGACCGGCGAUCGGGGUCUCAAGAGGCGGCGGGCAUGCACUAUCAAGCCGUGCGGCGGAUCCUGAAGUCGACGGGCGGUCCGCUGGCCGUGAACUCGGUGCUCCUGUCGCGCGUCAUGUGCUUUUUCGAAUGCAUCUACGGCACCAGCCCCGAGAGCUAUAUCUGGGACGAAUCCGACGUGCAGAGGCUGGUCCACGGCCUGAACGGCUUUCUGAAGAAAUUGCGAGAAUUCUGGCAGUCCCUAUCGACCAUCAACGCUUUGACCGCGCGACUCGCCGAAGACGAGGACGGCGAGGCAAGAGACCUCACCGGCAAGGAGGCAGAACCACGACCCAUCCACUCGUUCGGCAUCCGACCAGGCUCGACCUUGCUGGGUCUCGUGUCCAGACAACCUCCGCCGACGGCGGAACUCACGCAGCAACGCCGCCUGGAAAUGAUUUUCCAGCUCACCUGCCUCCUCACGCUCGGCAUGAUCACCAUGGACCUCGCCAACGACUUCCGCGCCCUGCAGGCGUACAUGGACGGCCUUCACGCGUCCAUCGAGAAGCUGCAGCUGGCGGGGCUGAGUUGCAACAACGCCAUGUGGCAGAUCCAGGUCAACGACCACAGUGAACCGCAUAGCCGGCGGAUCUGGCGGGCCGCCAGCUUUGCCUGGGUCAUGAAGCAUUGCACCUACAGCGUUCAGUUGACGCUCAAGGACUGGCUCCUCGCCUUCUUCACGGGGAAGCCGGUUCAGAAGCCGUACCGGCUAGAUCCGUUCCAUUUCAGCUAUGCUGAUUGA